ACAAACACGUGGCUGAGGAAAACUAGACAUUUCAAACUUUUUUUUGAACUACCAUUAGGCCUAGACAUUAAAGACAUAGGCCAAGUCUACAUUAGGUCCCCAAUAUGCAUGCAUAGAAUAUUCAUUCGUUUAGGGAUUUGUUUUCUCCUCUUAUUUUUUUCUUGGGCCAUCGUUUUAGAGACCCAGACCCAAAACAUUUCGAUGAUGACCUUUGCCAUGCUUCGGCCAAUUGCGACUCAUCUGAUCAGCUACCCGGACCUGAGUAUGAUGUCCGAAGACGAGGAGAACCGCAGCGAGAGCGACGGUAGCUCGGAUCAGAGCUAUGGAUGCUGCGCAUCCGCCGACAAACGGCGGAGGAUUUCUCGAAAGUCGGGAGGCAGCAGUGUUGUCAUUGUGAAACAGCGGAACGCAGCCAAUGCCAGGGAGCGCGACCGAACCCAAAGCGUCAACACUGCAUUUACUGCACUUCGGACUCUAAUACCCACUGAGCCAGUGGACAGAAAACUCUCCAAGAUUGAGACGCUUCGCCUAGCAUCCAGCUACAUCUCCCACCUCACCAACACCCUGCUGCUCGGAGACGGGAAUGGAGAUGGACAACCUUGUCUUGGCGCGGUUUACGCGCAAGGAGAGAGCGGUGGAAAGCAGCCUCGCACCAUCUGUACCUUCUGUUUGGGCAAUCAAAGAAAAGCGAUAAAGGAUGGCAAAGACUGUCUGAAGAUGCGAGGCGUUGGUUCUCUGAGAGUGAACCGCAGAUAGAAGACCGUGAAACACAACAUCAAGAACCAGAACUCCUCAUCCACAAACUCAGGGAACACUAAAAGCAGGCCAUAACAGAACCAUUCUCAUCAUGCUGGAGAAUAUUAUGAAACAAGAGACUAUUUAUACUUGAGAGAAUGCUGUGAGAAGCAUGGAACAAAACAAUGUCCAAAGUGAAGCCUUUAACAAAUGCAGUGCAUUUAUAGAUAGAGAAAUUAUAGAUUUGUAUAUUUGUGUGAUAUUUGUG